AGAUGGAUCCGGAUGCACCAACAUUUCUGAAAAAGGAAAAUGCCGGGAAAAAAUCGGUCCUUCCGAAGGGUGAACUACCUCAUAAGGCAGUCUCUGAGCAAUUUGCAACAAGUCAGUUUUUCAAACAAACGAAGGUGUACCCAGAAUGGGAUUUGCCAUCCGUCACGCCUGCCUACAAUUUAAUGGUCGUCAAAAAGGAGUUGCAAAAGACCGAGAAGAUUUUAGAGGAGAAGCGGAAGGAGAAUAAACAGUAUCGCGAUCUACUGGACUCAGAAUGGGCAACAUUGCGACAGAAACAAAAAGAAGUUAUGGAAUCCUUCCCCAACCAUCAGACUUUCAUAAUUGAGAACGAGAAAAAGCGAGAGCGAGCGGAGCACGUGAUUAAGAUUGAAAAAGAAAAACAGGAGAAAUUCGAUUCGUCUAUUAAUGAGUUGAAGGAGAAAAUCAAGGAGUCGCUCAAAAUUCGAGACGUCAUGCAAAGUUACGUGGACCAGUACAAAAUCUACGAGGAUUACUUGAAGAGUGUGGUGGAGUCGCUGCCGGAGUUCAACUCGAUCAGGGAGGUGAUCGACAGGUACCGGACCCUGAUCUCGGUGGAGCGGGAGCUGGAGGAGAGGAAAGGAGCGGAGGUGGCGGCGAUGGAGGGAUACCGGAAGAGUAUGGUCGAGCUGACGGUGAGCAAGUCACAGGAGAUGAUGGUCCUCAAUAACAAACUCAUCGAGCUCCAGAGUAGCCACGAGCGGGCGAGCAAUCAACUCAAUUGGUUCCAAGACAUGCUCUCCGUCAUCGAUGCCAACGCCAGCAGACUCUUCGUCGAGCACUCAAUCGUCAAAGCAGCUAUACUGAACUUAUUCAAGGAGCUUUGCAAAUUUAAGAGGCUUCAUCACAUUUCAGUCAAAGAAAAUGAUUAUGAAGCACAACUUAAGUUCAUAAAAACAUCAUACCAGGAAUUAUUAAAAAUUGCAAAUAUUGCGAAGGCUCAAGAGGUGUCAGAUGAACAGUCUAUUAUGGCAAAUCUUUCAUUUGAUUCAAAUUAAUAUGAUCAGAGUGAUAUUAAACCACCACCAGUACAAUA